AUGAGCGAGCAGUGUGCUAAUCCUUUGUUGCUGGGAUGGAUCAAAGAAUGGCUGGAUCAAGCCCGUGAGCGCAACAGCAAGGGUGUGACAGUCUACAAGAAGGCCUACGAGUCGAUGAAAGCAUGUCCCUUGGAAUUUGAGCACCCAUCGCAGGCUCAACAACUGAGCGGACUAGGGCCGAAACUAUGCGAUCGUUUAACGGAGAAACUCAAGGCACACUGUGCGGAGCACGGCCUUCCCAUGCCGGAGCCUCCUGGUCAAGGAAAUAAAAGAACAUCUGAUAUUGGCGUUGCUGAUCAGCCUGCCAAAAAGCCCCGAAAAACUAAGCCUUAUGUUCCAGCUCUACGGUCUGGUGCUUAUGCUCUUUUGCUAGGCCUAGCAACGAUAGGAGAAAAUGCGGCACAGGGCAUGACCAAGGCUCACCUCAUUGAAGUGGCCCAGCCGUGGUGCGACAGUUCUUUCACGGCGCCAACUGACCCAACGAAAUUCUACACAGCAUGGAACUCUAUGAAAACCCUCGUUCGGAAAGAUUUGGUCUAUGAGCAUGGUCGGCCACUUCGAAAAUAUGCACUCUCUGAAGACGGCUGGGAAGUCGCUAAAAGAAUCCAGAAGACACUUCCUGAGUCAGCCCAGAACAUGAUGGCCUUCACAGGAAGUGACUUCCAGGGUCAAACUUCACAAGGUGCUUCGGCUACUGGCGCUCUUUCGAUCGAUGAUGAUGACGAAGUGCAACUUGAAUAUGAAUCUCAGUCAACUAUUCCGCGAUUCCCAGCCUCAAAUACUGACGGCCCGACCGACCCAAUCUCGCUCCCUCCUGGAAGCUUCACCAUCCAGCUUGUGUUAGAUACCCGUGAAGUCCGUACAUCAACAGACAGAGACUACAUUGCGAAUGAGCUCAUCAAACAAGGCAUCACUCCACAGGUCCGUGCUCUAGAACUAGGCGACGCGAUGUGGGUAGCCAAAUGCCGUGAUCCAGCUUACCUCUCCCGCUACGGCGAAGAAGGCGACGAGGUGAUGCUAGACUGGAUUGUUGAAAGAAAACGUCUGGAUGAUCUGAUAGGGUCAAUCAAAGAUGGUCGAUUCCACGAACAGAAGUUUCGUCUCCGUCGCUCUGGCAUCAAACAUGUCAUCUACCUGAUUGAAGAAUUCUCAGUGACGCACCCCGAUGCUGCGGGCGGCGCGCAGAAAUACCAGGAUAUGGUCGCAUCGGCUAUUGCAUCCACGCAAGUUGUCAAUGGCUAUUUCAUCAAAAAAACUAAAAAUCUGGACGACUCGAUCCGAUACCUGGCACGCAUGACCCUGCUUCUCCGAAAGAUGUAUGGAGCCUAUGACACGCCUAAUGAAGAACCUAGUUCCAGCCAGCCUGCGGCAUCAUCAAAAGUCUCUCUUAUUCCCAGUCGCUGCAUUUCCUCUACUCAGUCUUAUUUGACACUCCUGGAUAGUCUUCGUGCCCAGGAUGAUUCCCUCACAUAUGGCGUGACCUUUUCCACUUUCUCUGCCCUGUCCUCGAAAUCAGAUGUGCUUACUCUCCGAGACAUCUUUCUGAAGAUGCUCAUGUGUACCCGCGGUGUGACAGGCGAAAAGGCGCUUGAGCUACAACGACAUUGGCAAACACCUCGUGGUCUGGUGGAAGCUUACAUGGCUCUAGAGCCCAAAGAUCGGGAAGCAAUGGUGUCCAACCGGCUACAAUCUUUGGUGGGCAGGAAAAAGAUUCCCAAAGCCGUGAGCAAGCGGAUUUCAGAGAUAUGGGGCCAGAGCGGUUAG